AUGUUUUCUACUGACUCGUCUGAGAAUUCUAAAGUUGUUCCUUAUCGCGCUACUAACUGCGUGGAAAACAAUAAGAAUACUAAUGGACCAAUUUCUUGUCACCAUAAUAUACCCCCUCCGCCUUUAUACUCCUCAAAUACAACUAUGCUAUCAUUCAAUAAUGUCGAACAAUCAUAUACGAGAGUGGUUGGUCAAGUCUAUUCUAGAGAAACUGUUACGACAAUUUAUGGUGAUCCGACUUCUUCUAAUUGUUGGUCCCCUGUUCGUUCAAUGGAACAAAUUCCCUCAAACUCUGUCGAAAAUAAUCCUUCUCCACCAAUAAAUCCAUUGCAUUUAUUGUUGGAAGCUUCUGAUCAAAUACAAUCAAAUUCGGGUCCGGAUAAUAAUAUCUCGGUUAAUACUCCCGUCAUUCAGCGGGAAACUACAUCAUCUCAAUAUUCUGAUGUUAAUGAUAACUCUUCUCGUACCGACUUUAUGUCCUGUGAUCCUGUUCCUGAUCAACGUCUUUUGAAUUAUAACAUGAAUAUUGACUUGAUGAAUGCUAACGGUGGUCAUGAUGAUGCGGAAACUAUCCCCGCAAA